AGGGCAGGUGUCCCGAAGUUGUUACAACUCAACCACGUCGCAUUUGCCUUUCCACCGAGCCGCAAACUCAGGAACCCCACCACCAUGACCGCCGUGACCGCAGACCCAUUUUCCUCCUCCGAUCCUUAUAAAAUAUGCGCUGUCUGCCAGAAAGUGACUAAAAAUAAGGAGAGAGGCACCAGGGUUCCCGAGCCAUUCUGCAGUGGUCCCAGUGCCUUCAUACCUGAAGAGGAGAUUUUGGAGGCAUGGUUGGAGGACCCUCCUGCAGAGCUGCUAUUGGCUGAUCAACUAGAUCAUCUGACACAGGUGAUGGGGCUUCACCCCCAUUACUUGAAGGCGUUUCUCCGCUGUCAGUUUUACCUGCUGAAAAUGGACGGCCCCCUGCCACUGCACUACAGACAUUACAUCGCCAUCAUGGCUGCAGCACGGCAUCAGUGCUGGUAUCUGGUGCGUGCACACAUGCGGGAGUUUUACAGGAGGGCCGUGUGUUUGGACUGGCUGAAAGGUUUACAGUUUAGCGAUCAGAAACUCCAGAAACUCAACGAGAUCAACAAGAUCCUGGCACACAGACCCUGGCUCAUCACUAAAGAGCAUAUACAGGCUCUGGUGAAGACGGGCGAGAGUAGCUGGUCAUUGGCAGAACUGGUUCAUGCUGUUGUGUUAUUGGCACAUUUUCAUGCUUUGGCCAGCUUUGUGUUUGGCAGUGGCAUCAACCCAGAAACUCCGUCUUCCAUCAGCCUCUACUGUACCUGUGACCCCACCGGUGAUGAAGAAGAGACAGAGUUCCAUAGCUUCUUUAGCACCAGCCCAGAGAAUGAACCAGAGGCUCUGAUGGAGACAAUGAAGCGGUUACAGGAGGAGAGAGAAAGAGAAGAGGAGGAGGCAUCUGAGGAGGAGAUGUUUACUCGCUUUGAGAAAGAGAAGAAAGAGAGUCUGUUAGUAGGAUCAGGAGAUUUUGAUAAAGAGGUGAUGUCCUUCUCCAGAGUCUCACGGUUUGUUGAGGAUUCUGACUUUGGCUACAAAGACUUUGCUCGUCAUGGAGAAGACAACCCACCUACCUUUCGUGCUCAGGACUAUUCAUGGGAGGAUCACGGGUUCUCUCUGGUGAACAGACUUUACUCAGAUAUUGGUCAUCUGUUGGAAGACAGGUUUCAGACAGCAUGUGAUUUGACCUAUUAUAACAUGGCCAGUCACGAAGGAGUGGACACCAGUAUGCUACGCAGAGCACUCUUCAACUACGUCCACUGCAUGUAUGGUAUCAGGUAUGAUGAUUAUGAUUAUGGAGAGGUGAAUCAGCUGUUGGAACGCAGUCUGAAGGUUUAUAUAAAGACAGUGACGUGUUACCCUGAGAGAACCACACGCCGCAUGUAUGACAGCUACUGGCACCAGUUCAGACACUCUGAGAAGGUUCAUGUUAAUUUGCUCCUGAUGGAAGCUCGUAUGCAGGCGGAGCUGCUCUACGCUCUGCGAGCCAUCACCCGUUACAUGACCUGACUAAUCAGAGUUUAGCAUGCUGUUUGGGUUGACAAAUCGCAGUUCACCACAAUUAAAUGACCUAUUAAACCUCAUCGUCAGCAUGACCUAUCCAAUCAGAAUUUAGCUAGUAUAUGAUCAGUGUGUUAACAUUUCUAGUCUUAGGGAAAUGAAGGAGUGUAUCCUGAUGUACCAGCCAAAAACUAACACAACUCCUUCAGCCAAUCAGUGCCUUCGAUUAGCUGAUAGGACUGUGUGGAAUUGUGAAACACACAAAACAACCCAUCCCAUUUUUUAUUAAUAUAAUUACGAGACAUUGCAUAACAAUUAGUGGUUUUCUGCACUCCUGCAUAAUGACAUCAUUAUUGUUAUUAUUAUAAAGAUUGUGAAUAUGGUGUCAUUUGAAAGUGAAGUGCCUAUAAAUGGCAAUAUUAUAAGAGUUGGAAGUUUGGUUGAAUUACCUCUUAUGUUGCGGUUUGGUUUGUUCUGGAAAGGGUUUAGGGGUGUGUGUUCACACAGAGGUUUACAUAUAGAAAGAAAAACUUAGGAAGGUAAUCUUUAUUAGUGUACACUAAACCCAGUAGGAGAGAAGAAUCUGACCGGAAAGUUAUAGGUGCCUCUUAGAAAGCAGUUUAGACGAUUUUCUAUCAGUCAGUGAGCAAGAAGUAGCAGUGUUUUCUUCAUGGAAACAGACUGAGUGCAAUGAUGAUGUAGCAGAACUGAAAAUAUCCCAUCAAACGUGCCAAGACACUGAAGGUAAUUUGGUUAAAAAUGCCCCUGAGUCUUGGGACUGUGAAAGUGAUGACUCUUUUUAAUGUGCAAUACACCUAGCGUGCCUUUGCGCUGAUGAACAGAGUGUUAAUCUACAGACUUAAUCUCUCUCUCUCUCCCUCUCUCUCUCUCUCUCUCAAAAUGAUUUCUCUUGCUGUUUUUGUGUGUCUUUUUCUAUGUGAUUAUGUCAUUUUAGUAUUACUGUAAUUGCACAUGUCUUAUAUUGUGUGCAUGAUUUUGUCAAGACUGAUAAAAUAAGCUGAGCAGAAGUGAGUGAUUUCCAACAAAAAGGACUGAACUUGACUUCUCACCCUAUUAAGCAGAUAAGCCAUUGCUUCCAUGUGUGUUUUUGGUUUUUGUGCACUGGAAGAUUCAAACAUGGUCUGGAAUUUCAAUGUGAAUAAAUGAUAACUGUGUGUGUGUGUGUGUGUGUGUGUGUGUGUGUGUGUGUGUGUGUGUGUGUGUGUGAGAACAGUGUUUAAGUCAGUCUACUGUGAACAAAGCUGUACCCUAAGGUUUACCGGACUGUUCUGUUUGAUGGUUUAACACUCCUGAGCAGUUCUGAAAUUCUGAUGGAAAUGCCAAUUAUUUGUCAGUGCUGCUUCUCUGUGCAAUAAAAAUGUUCUAACUGUA